UAAUUCAACGACGAAAAGAAAUCUACUGUUCUCCAGUGUGAAAAACCCGUGACAUGAUCCGUGAUGUGAACUUGCGCUCAAAGAUGGCGCACAUAUAUUUUUCAUUUUAUUAUUUAAAUGUUUAAUACUGUAUUUUGAUUGGGACUAAUUAUGUAUCAAAAAUAUAGGGGAAACUAUGUAGGAAAUAAUUAGUAAAUUAAAAAUAAAAUUAAUUAAAAUAAAAGAAGAGAACGAGAAUGUGCGAGAGGGAACGGCGAAAGAAAUGUGGAAUGACCGUAAGAAAUAUGCAGUCUCCUUCAAGUCAAUGCACGCAUUCCAACAUGGUGGCUCGAUGGAAUGCCGAGACGUCUCACGUCUAACUAGACGCAUAAUUCAUUUAAAUCGACUCUUCGUAACUUUCAACGACAACUUCACAUAUCUUCCGGUGAAUAGCAACAUUAUCUUUAACGUUUCGUCCACGAUGGUUUUUGUCCUGAUUACGUACGGGUGUUUGUUGGUACAAUUUAACGACAACAAUCGGAAUAAACAAUAAAUAAAAAAACAUAGUGUCGUGGCUGUGAUUUUAAGUUUGUGAAUGUUUAUCGCUUGUUUGGUGGUUGGAAAAUGUCUCAUCGGGAUUUUACAGAGGUGGAACCAGAAGGAACGUCCGAAUUGCCAGCAGCCAGCAGAUCGUUGUUUUUGGAAAAAGUGAGACAGUCAAAUGCGGCCUGCCAGAACGGCGAUUUCAGCACGGCGGUCGCGUUGUACACGGACGCACUGCAACUGGACCCGACCAACCACAUCCUCUACUCGAACAGAUCGGCCGCCAAGUUGAAGCAGGGACUCUUCGCUCAGGCACUGCAAGAUGCCGUCACCGCGAGAGACCUGUGUCCCACGUGGCCGAAAGCCUACUACAGACAGGGAGUCGCGUUGCAAUGUUUGGGUCGACACGGGGACGCGUUGGCCGCCUUCAGCCAAGGUCUGGCCCAGGACCCAUCCUCCAAGCAGCUGUUGUCCGGACUGGUGGAGGCCUCGGUGAAGUCGCCUUUGCGACACAACCUGGAACCCACGUUCCAACAGUUGGAAACGAUGAAACUGGACUCCAGUCCGUUCGUGCUGAUCUCCGUGGUGGGGCAGGAGUUGUUGGCGGCCGGUCUGUAUCACAGUGCCGUCACAGUGCUCGAAGCUGCCCUCAGGAUCGGUUCGUGCAGCCUGAAGCUGAGGGGAUCGGUGUUCAGUGCGCUCAGUUCGGCCCAUUGGGCGCUGAACCAGUUGGACAAGGCGAUAGGGUACAUGCAACAAGAUUUGGCCAUUGCCAAGAGUCUGGGGGACACGGCCGGCGAGUGCAGAGCUCACGGCAAUCUGGGCUCCGCAUAUUUCAGUCAGGGCUCGUACAAAGAGGCUCUGACCGCGCACAGGUACCAACUGGUGUUGGCCAUGAAGUGCAAGGACACGCAAGCGGCAGCUGCGGCGCUGACUUCCUUGGGCCACGUGUACACGGCAAUAGGCGAUUAUCCGAACGCGCUGGCUUCGCACAAGCAAUGCGUGCAGCUGGUCAAGCAGAUGAACGAUCGCCUGCAAGAGGCGCGAGAAAUAGGAAACGUGGGCGCCGUUUAUUUGGCGAUGGGCGACUUCGAUUCGGCGGUCGAUUGUCACACGCAACAUCUGCGGAUCGCCAAGAGGUUGGCCAACCAGGUGGAGGAGGCGAGAGCGUACAGCAAUCUGGGAUCCAGCCACCACUACAAGAGGAACUUCAGUCAGGCGAUCGUCUUCCACGAGAAAGUGUUGAGGCUGGCCCAGGCGAUCGGGGACAAGUCGGUGGAGGCGAGGGCGUUCGCCGGACUGGGACACGCGGCUCGAUGUGCCGGCGAUUAUUUGCAAGCCAAGCAGUGGCACGAACGGCAGCUGGACGUCGCUCUGGCCACCAGAGACAAAGUGGGCGAAGGCAGGGCCUGUUCCAACUUGGGCAUCGUCUAUCAACUGUUGGGCGAGUACGACGCGGCCCUCAAGCUUCACCAGGCGCACCUGUCGAUCGCCAGGAACUUGCAGGAUCGAGCCGGAAUGGGUCGAGCCUACGGAAACAUCGGAAACGCAUAUUCGGCGGCGGGAUUUUACGAGUCCGCCAUCAAAUACCACAAACAAGAGCUGACGAUCAGCAAGGAAGUGCACGACAGAAGCUCGGAAGCUUCGACGCACGGUAAUCUGGCUGUUGCGUACCAGGCACUGGGUGCCCACGACAUGGCGCUGCUGCAUUAUCGAGCGCACUUGGGUAUUGCUCGAGAACUGAAGGACACGGCGGGCGAAGCGUGCGCCCUCCUGAACCUCGCCAACUGCCUCAGUUCUCGAAACGAGUUCGUGGAAGCCGUGCCCUACUACGAACAAUAUCUGAUGCUGUCCCAAGAGCUGGCGGACGUGGAGGGUGAAGCCAAGGCCUGCCAUUUCCUCGGUUACGUCCACUAUUGUAUCGGAAAUUAUCGCGAAGCCGUCCGAUAUUACGAUCAGGAUUUGGCCUUGGCUAAAGACUUGCAGGACAAAAUGAAUAUGGGUCGGGCCUAUUGUAACUUGGGACUGGCGCAUCUGGCUUUGGGACAACUAGACACGAGUCUGGAGUGUCAGAAGUAUUUUCUGGCCAUAGCUCACAUGACCAACAACUCCUCCGGCAAGUUCCGAGCGUUAGGCAACAUCGGAGAUGUGCUCAUCAAAAUGGAGGAGAUCGAAGAGGCAAUCAAAAUGUACCAUCGACAGUUGGCUUUAUCGAGAACGAAUCGAGAUAGGAGUAUGGAAGCUGCAGCCUGCAGCGCCCUCGGAAUUGCCCACAGGCUUCUGAAGCGACUAGACAAAUCGUUAGGAUUUCACACGCAGGAGCUGACGUUGUGUCAAGAAAUGUCAGAUCUCGGUGGAGAGUGCAAAGCUCACGGAAACUUGGGUGUGGUUCACAUGGCUUUGGGCAAUUACACUCACGCAGUCAAAUGUUAUCAGGAGCAGCUGGAGAGGGCACAGGAGUUGCAGGAUUGUGCCGUCGAAGCUCAGGCGUACGGAAACCUGGGAAUAGCCAGAUUGAACAUGGGACAUUACGAAGAUGCGAUUGGAUAUUUUGAACAGCAACUUGCGACUCUGGAACGUCUGAACACUGCCACGUCGCAACUGGACCGCGGCAGAGCUUUCGGAAGCUUGGGGGACUGUUACGACGCUCUGGGAGAUCCGGAAGAAGCGUCCAAAUGUCACGAACAAUAUCUGUCGAUCAGUUUGAAACUGAAGAGUGUGAGAGACCAAGAACGGGCCUACCGAGGUCUCGGACAAUCUCAGAAUUGCAUGGGAAAUCUCCAACAGGCUCUGGUCUGUCUGGAGAAACGAUUGGUGGUGAGUCACGAGUUGGGCAGUCCCGAGGCCAAAGCUGCAGCUUACGGCGAGCUCGGACAGUUGCACGCGACUCUAGGCAAUCUGGAACAGGCCGUUUCGUGUUUCGAUCAUCAAAGGAACAUCGCGAGAGAUUUGGGCGAUAAGAUUAUGGAGUCGGAUGCGAUCGGAGGUUUGGGUUCGGUUUAUCAACAGAUGGGCGAAUACGCCACCGCAUUGAGGUACCAUCAGAACGAUCUGGAGAUCGCCGAAGAGCUAGGGAUGGCUUCGUUACAAAGUCGAGCCUGUGGAAAUUUGGGGGCAGUGUACGAGUGCCUGGCGAAUUACGAUCAAGCACUCUUUUACCAGGAAAAACAUUUGCAAAUAGCUUCGAGUACUAACGAUCAAUUGGCCAAAACUCUUGCGUAUUCCUCGUUGGGGCGAGUGCAUCAGCUUCUGGGCAACCUUCAACAAGCCGUUGCGUAUCUGACUCAAGGUUUGCACAUUGCCGAAGCUUUGGGGCGGAAAGAGGAGGAAGCCCGCAUCAGGAACAGAUUGGGUUUGGCUUUGUGGUCGAAUAACGAUUUGGACGGUGCUCAGAAGCAGCUGGAAGCUGCCACUCACUUACUUGAAACGAUCAGAAGGGAAACCAGGAACACAAACGAAUACAAACUCAGUUUGUUCGAGUUGCAGUCGUCCAGUUAUCAAAUUUUGCAGCGAGUUUUGGUGUCACUGAAUCGAAGCGAAGAUGCUCUGGUGAUAGCCGAAAGAGGCAGGAACAGAGCCUUCGUGGAUUUGCUUUUGGAGCGACAAGGACUGAGCGAGAGCAAAGCCAAACACAAAACGAAACUGGACGAUCUGACGCCCAACAAUUUGGAUCAGUUGAAGGACAUAGUUAAUCGGCAACGAGCUUCUGUCAUUUAUUAUAGCGUUGCUGCCGGUUUCCUGUACUCGUGGUUGAUUAUCCCGACUAAAGGAGUCGUUAAAUUCCAUCAAGUCGCUUUGAUGGAAGGCGAAGUUGAAGACGGAUGCCUGGAAAGCGGUUCCGGCUUGUUAGAGAAGCUCGUCAACUCGGUGAGAGACAAUCUGGGCCUGGGAGUGGAGAGCGGGUGUGGAAUCAUUGGAGAAGAUCAAUAUUCGGACGAAGGAGUCGGAGAGAGAACUGGAUUCUUACGGAUGGUGAAUCGUCAGCAUUUAAUGAACUCUUCAAAUUACUCCCUAAGUUCUCUGUUUUCGCUGGGAAGUGUGGGCGGUUCGGUAGCUUCGCUUCAAGGCUCCACCCGUUCCGUUUCAAGUCUGCAAUCUUCGUCGCGUCUCCCGCGUCGUCAAACUUGGAAAGGACCUUCUUGCCUCCAUCACCUUUACACCAUUCUCAUUCAACCGUUCGAGGAAUAUCUUCCGUCGAAAAGCAGUCACAACGGAUCGAAGGGUAAAGAAGACUCGUCGAAACGUGAACUGAUUUUGGUUUUGGAAAGCGACUUGUACUUGGUACCUUUUCCGGUGUUACGUUCCGCCAACGAGUCGUCGGAAUAUUUGUGCGAACGUUUCUCCCUGUUGGUCGUGCCGAAUUUGACAUCUCUGCGCUCAAAUCGUUUGAGAAAGUCGGAACAAGAUCAGAACGUGAAGAGUUUAAUAGUUGGCAAUCCGAAACUGCCGCACGCAGUAACGGAUCAUUGGGGUUGGAGGGACAUUCCCCAUGCCGAACACGAAGCCACGAUGAUCGCCGAGUUGUUGCAGACGCAAGUGCUGGUCGGAAACAACGCGACUAAAGAACAAGUUUUGAGUCAAAUUCAGGAGGCCGAAUGCGUGCACUUUGCCACCCACGUCUCCUGGAAGCUGAGCAGCUUGGUGCUCAGUCCUGCCGAGGUGUUGGACCAAAGCCAGAACAAACGCCUCUACAUAACCGACUCGAACGAAGACGAGGAGAGCAGCGAAGUGUCGACCAGCGCCGAACUGCCGCCGCUGUCCGAGUUUCUUCUGAGCGCCGCCGACAUUCUGUCGCUGAAGCUGUCUGCACGUUUGGUGGUGGUCAGUUCUUCCCACACCAGAGACCAACAGGGUUGGGCCACGUCCGACGGUCUGGUGGCUUUGGUUCGGGCACUCUUGGCGGCCGGUGCUCAGGCCGUUCUGGUGUCUCUGUGGCCCGUUCCCGAAACUGCCACGAAAAUAUUGUUGAGAGCGUUCUAUUCUGCCAUGCUGCAAGGAACCAGAGCGGCGAGGGCCUUGGCCGAAGCGAUGCAGACGGUGCAACACACGAAACACUUUGCGCAUCCUGCAAAUUGGGCGGGAUUCGUCCUGAUCGGAUUGAACGUUAGACUUAGCAACAAGGUAGCAUUGAUGGGACAAGCGCUCUGUGAACUGCUACAAGCUCCGGACAAAUGCAGAGACGCUUUAAGGGUGACUUUACACCUCGUCGAAAAGAGUCUGCAAAGGAUCCAUCGCGGUCAGAAGAACGCCAUGUACACGACUCAAAAGUCCAUCGAAAACAAAGUGGGCUCCGUUGUGGGUUGGAAAGAACUACUCAUGUCCGUGGGAUUCAGAUUCGAACCGGCCUCGAACGGUAUUCCAAGCAGCGUCUUCUUCCCUCAAUCCGAUCCGGACGAAAGACUCACCCAGUGCUCGGCCAGUCUACAAGCGUUGCUGGGACUCACGUCCACCUCUAUUUACGCGCUAUCUAAGCUGACCUCGAACUCGGAAGUGGCCGAUGAUAUAAUCGCCGUUAUUCAAUCGGCAUUGGCGCAAUUCUCCAGCAAGAAUUCGGACACCGACAGUGUCGAUGUCGUGUUGAACGUUCGAUUGUGGCGGGUUCCGGGUUGUCACGAGCUGUUGGCCAGUUUGGGCUUCGAUUUGAUCGACGUAGGACAAGAUAUGGUCACGCUGCGCACUGGCAAACAGGCGAAUCGUCGCAACAUUCAGUUUACUCUUCAGGCAUUGCUCGCCCUGUUCGACACUCAGGAAGCCCCAAAGAGCCUGACAAUCGACUCCUCGAGCAGCUUGGAGUCUUUGGCGAGCGUGGACAACGAUUUCUCCCACUCGGACAACGAAUUGAUGUGUUCGACGCCGACGAGCGCCCCGAAGCCGGUGCCCAAGAUUCCGCCACCGUUCACCCGAACCGUACUGCCGAAGCAACGUUUGGGUGGCGCGUUCACUUCGUACGUCCGUAGACGAGGAGAACCGGACGGACGCACCGCCGACACGGUCAAACGAAACACCUUGAGUCGGCCAGGAGGUGGAGAGAGCGACGCCGCCUUCACGCCCAGUCCGCCGAUCGUGCUGCAGAAUCAGAACGACAGCGGCAGCGGCAGCGGGAACAUGGCGUUGAGUCUGGCGCACCAGACCAGGAUCAGGAACCUGUAUUCGCAGGACGGCAGAGAGGGCAAGGAGAAGAGGCCCGACAGUUCGAGCAGUGCCAGUUCGGCCACCGACUGGGACAGCGGACACGCCACCGUGCUGCGCAGGCAGACUCAGCAGCAAAUCACCGAAAACGUGUUGAGAAGACAGACGCAGAGUCAAGUGCCUCCUUUGCCUCCGCCUAGGACGAAACCGCUGGUGGAUCUUCCGCUGUACAACAAUUUGCCAGCGGGAUUGUUUGAAAACAGUUCGGACUCGGAACUGGAAAAGAUGGAGGCGAAACUGUUCACGACGCAAUGUUCGAAUCGUCCGAAAAUUUCGUACAAAAAGUCCAGGAAUCAACCAUUAUGUACGUUAGACCGAUUGUCCGUGCGGACUGAACUUUUAAGCGGAGCGAGCAAUUUACUGGCGGGAACGAGUCAAAAUUCUGCCAGUCAAAGGAAGCCUAUAACUUUGCCCAGCGAAGAGACGUUGCCAACAAACGAAAGACUGCUCUACUUUUCACCGAACGAGAUUAAAGAUCCGGCUGCCACCGGCAAAGUUUGCGGCGACACCAACGAACAAAUCGCUCAAGAUGCGGUGGCCAAGUCCGGCGAACAAUCCAAGUCGACGAGCACUGCGGCAUUGCACGACACGAUUUUGGCGACACAGUUUAGACACAUAAAUCGGGAAUUGACACCGACCAUUUCGGAGGUUUAUCACGAGAGAAACAUCGGUUUAGGUUUGGCUCCGCCCUUGUCCAAACUACUUUUGAACCAGUCGGGAAGCUCCGCACCGAAAACUGACAAUUCUGUUCUGGAAAAAAUCACUCUGGGAAUACUGAAUGACGAAGACAUCAACGCCGAAAUCAAGUCCAACAAGUGUCAGAGGUGCCAAGGCGACAGUUGCGGCUGCCAGAAAGCACAAAAGAAGCCGUGGAUGACCGAAAACGCGGGCGCCUUGCAACAAAUACAAAGUUCCGACCUUACAACGGCAGACAUUCUAGAGCGCGAAGUGAAAAACAAAAAAGUGUUGAGACAAAAAGAGGAGACCGAGGCGAAAAGAUUGAGUCCGUUUUCGGAAAUGUCGAGGAGGGACGAAGGUGACGGACGCAGCAUCGCCGAUUCGAGCUGUUCCAGUUACAAAAAUACGCAAUUUCUGACGUACCAUCCGCAAGAUAAGAAGUCUAGCGGAAAGGCCGGCCCGAAAAUACGCACGAUGCAAAGAAAAAACUUGCAAAUUUAAUUGGAAUGUGGCAAAAGGAGGGAGAGACUUUCGUGUAAUUUUUUUUUUUUUUUUCCAAGCUUUAAUAUUUUAUGUAUGUUUGUAACACAUAGGUUUAUUUUAUUGUGGAUUGUUUGUUUUGUAUUGUACGGUUUUAUUUAUUUUUUUAUUAUUUUUUUUUUUUUUUUUACUUUACUUUUAACUACGAUUAUUAGUUUUAAUUAAUAUUUUAUCAAUGUAUAAUAUUUAUAGAUAAGAGACGAACGACUGUCAGUGAGGGAGUUAAACAGACUUGUGAUCAUAAAUAAAUCGUAUUUUAAUUCAUUAA